AUUUUGAAUUCUCUCUUGCAUCCAUUUUCUUUCCCUGUGUCUAGGCUUUAGCCUUACCAUCACAUAACAUAAGUUUUCCUUUCAAGUUUGCUCCUUAAACACCAAGAGAGUUUUUCCAUUUUCUUAGAGCCCAUUUGUACUUGAACUUCUCAAAAUAUUAAUUCUUUACUUCCAAGUAUUGUAGAGUCUUUUGUCUUCAUCUUCCUCAUUUUCUUUCUCUGAUUUGGUUCCUUUUGCCUGUUCUUCUAUUAACCUGUUCUGUUGGGCCAUUUUCUCCUUUUGUCUGUGUACUCAAAACUUAAUUUCCUUUGACUAUGGUUACCAUAUCAUCUAGUGCCAAUAGAAGCCUCCAUCGGUUGCAAUCUUUCAACUCUGAGAACAACAACAACCACCACCACCUCGGUGAUGCCAUUUUCUCUCCAUACUUGAAUAGCAAGGAAUGGACCAUUGUAGGAAAGCUUGAUGAAUCAAGCCAAAAACUUAGUCCCUUUAUAAGCAACAGAAAGUCUCCUCUUCAUCAGGGAGAAAAGAUGGAAGACAGUGGAGAAAUUGGAGUAUUUGGGGCUGACAAAUACUUCAAUGGAGUAGAGGUUGAGACCCCAAGAGCUGCAAACAUAGCUGCUACAAAGUACCUGCAUCAGAGAGAUGAACUAAUAGCUGUGGAAACUAGAAAGUGCAAAGUUCAGUAUGGAACUCCAAGUGUUCGCUCGGAAUCAACUUGCAACAGCCAAAGUGCACUAUUACAGAGGGAAUUGAGGAAUGCUUCAAAGAACAGAAAAGAUAAGGUACGGGCAAAGAGUUUUUUCAGAUGCUCUUGUUCUGAUAAGAAUUCUGUUGAUGUUAACGACCAUGAAGGUGAAAUCAGUUUUCACAAAGCUGCUACUUAUGGUGCAGUUCAUGGCAAAACAACACCAAAAACUCUCUUCAAUGCUGGUUUAGAUGCUAAUCAUACAGUUAAAAUAAACAAGCCUAAUGCAGGACUCUUGAUCAAUGAAGAUGUUUACUUCCAAAAUGAAGAGAAGUUGAGUCUUGUCAAAAUGCAACAUCAACAAGAGGAAGAAGAGAAGGCAAGGCAAUCACUGGAGGUGUUUGGCUCCCCAAUAUUGAAGAACAAGAGCAAGUCCUUGAGCUUAGAUAAAAGGUUGACAAUUCCCUCUAGGGAUGCUGCUUUUAAAAUGGAAGAAAUUGAUUCAAACUACAAUGAUGCUGCUAGUGAUGCAAGUUCAGACUUAUUUGAGAUUGAGAGCCUCAAAGGCAAAUCCAACUCCAUCCUUGUUAAACAAACAUCAGAUGCUGCUUCAGGCUGUGUCAGCUCCCCAAAUUGUUAUGCACCAAGUGAGGCAAGCAUAGAAUGGAGUGUGGUCACUGCAAGUGCUGCAGUAUUGUCAGAUUGUGAAGAACAAAUGUCCGAGGUAACCAUAAGGAGUCCAAUAAGGACAUCAUUUACUUCAUCAAAUGGAAAAACAAAAGCUAGAAAAGAGAUGCAGAGGAGGGGUCCUAGCAUAUUGUUGGGUUGCAAGAGCCACAAAGCUGUUGGAGUUGCUGGUGAUGCCUUCAUAACAUACGAGAAUCCACAGCGUCGUAACAGGACCAAUACCUCUCAGGUCACAAGGUUUCCUGCAGAGACAAAGCUAGGAAAUUUUGGUGCUUAUGCCACAUCUCACUCACCACGUGCUUCAAAAUUACAAUAUAUUUAGCAGUAGUUUGAGAUUCUUUUUUUGUUCAAUUAUAUAUAAGGAUAGUAGAUGUCUACAAAGCAAAAGAGAGAAUCUUAUGGGCUAUCAAAUCCCCACCCCAAAUUAAGGUGUCUCUUGUGUAUCCCUUUUAUUAAUCUUGUAGUGUUCUUCUGUGUGCUUUGAUAUAUUAAUAUAUA